AUGGCUCUUGUUCCGCUCGUGACAGUGCUCCUGUUCGCCGGCUCAUGCCUCGGAUCAGCGCCGCCGACGACAUCGCCGGCGGCGUCGGCGGCGUCCACGGCGACACGUACGGUAGUAGUCGACGGCAUUACGGCCAUCUACAAACCUCGGCGACUCGCUGUCGGACACCGCAACCUCGCCAGGCAAGGCGCCACCGGCGGGCUGCUCCGGUACACCACGAGGCUUCCCUACGGCGUCACCGUCGGCCGCGCCACCGGCCGGUGCUCCGACGGCUACCUCAUCAUCGACUUCCUCGCUAGAGAUCUUGGCCUCCCUCUGCUCAACCCGUACCUCGACGAGGGCGCGGACUUCGCCCACGGCGUCAACUUCGCCGUCGCCGGCGCCACCGCGCUCAACACGACGGCGCUCGCCGCCAGGCGGAUCACCGUCCCCCACACCAACAGCCCCCUCGACCUCAGAUGGUUCAAGGAAUUCAUGAACUCCACAACUAGUUCUCCUCAAGAGAUCCGUGAAAAGCUGUCGAAGUCACUGGUUAUGCUGGGAGAGAUCGGAGGAAACGACUACAACUACGCCUUCCUCCAGACCUGGCCGAUGGACGGUGGAUACAGCCUCGGCAACGUCACACGCAUGAUCGAAAGCGUUGCCACGGCCGUCGAUCUUGUACCGGAAGUCGUGCAGUCCAUAGCCAGCGCAGCCAAGGAGGUGCUCGACAUGGGCGCGACGCGGGUGGUGAUCCCGGGCAACCUCCCGCUGGGUUGCGUGCCGAGCUACAUGAGCGCGGUGAACGCGACGGACCGGGCGGCGUACGACGCCCGCGGAUGCCUCGUCGCGCUCAACCUCUUCGCGGCGCUGCACAACGCGUGGCUGCGCCGCGCCGUCGGGGAGCUGCGGCGCGCGUACCGGGGCGCCGCGGUGGUCGCGUACGCGGACUACUCCGCCGCGUACGCCGCGACGCUGGACGGGGCAGCGGCGCUCGGCUUCGACGAGCGGCGCGUGUUCAGGGCGUGCUGCGGCAAGGGCGGCGGGGGCGCGUACGGGUUCGACGUGCGCGCGAUGUGCGGCGCGCCGGGGACGGCGGCGUGCGCGGACCCGGGGAGGUACGUGAGCUGGGACGGCGUCCACCUGACGCAGCGCGCGUACGGCGUCAUGGCCGAGCUGCUGUUCCGCCGUGGCCUCGUGCACCCGCCUCCGAUAAAUUUCACGAACAGCGCGCGCGCGUGAGGCGGUGUUGCAUGGCUUGCGCGUUUUUUCUGAUCAAAACUACUCAAGUUUGAGCCGUUUUGAUUUAUAAAUAAAACCAUAUGCGAUUUUGCUAAACGUUUGUCGCGUGAUUUCUCUUCGGAAGAAAAAAUCUCACCCGAGUGAUGCAUAGGCGGUCCCAACCAUAUGUGCCCUGACCUUUCUCUGCUUCCUUCGCGUCGUGCACUGACAACCUCACAGUAUGGUUUUGGUUUGCGGGCUUGCGGCCCAACUCAAUCUGUAAUACAUUGGGCUGUCGUAUUGGGUUUGUUGGACUUCAUAGACUGGAUCGGAGAAAGUUGGGUAAUUGACUUUUUCAUUUUUGCUAUAAAAUGAUUAAUUAAACAGUCUAGGAUAAUUACUGUAGACUCUAAUAAUAUUGUUUGGUUAAGUAUUAUUAUACAUUCCUGUAUUUGACACUCUAAGAGCAUGGCCAAGAGUUGCCUGAAAGUCUCUUCCUAAAUCUGCCUUUCAUUCUCUAAUGAGAAUUUAAGGAUUAAAAAUAUACUUAUUUUCAAUAGACAGCAUAAAUUUAAUUCCCUAGAAUAAAAAAAUGCCCCCCUAACAACAGAAAUUAGAUUCCUCUACCCGCACCUCAUCAGAUCGCUCGAUUUAAGAUCACGCCAUCUGACACCGCCCUCCCGCUCGCUCUUCUCUAGUGUGGGAGUCUCGCGCUCAAGAGACGGAAAUCGGGAACAAGAAUGAUUCCUAGCUUAGCGAGAAUGAAGGGGAAGACAUAUGUCAUACCUACACCCACAUAAGUAUGCCCUAGCACAAGGGAUGAAAACGGAUCGAAAACGGAUGGAAACUAGCUUUAUCAUAUUCGUUUUCAUUUUUUUUUCGGAAUCGGAUUCGAAAUCGAAAACUCGGAUACGGAAAUAAAAUUGAAUAUUAUCGAAUACAGAUACGGAGCGAAUAUAAGAUGGAACGAAUACA